ACGUUCACAACGUGUUUUGUUUGUGUAACGCUACGUAACGUGUCUACAGAGUUUGCUCGCGCGUGAACGGGUAAUCGAAAGUUUAAUGUGGAUUCUGUUUGCUAAAAUUGCAAGUACAUAAUUAAAUUUUAUGUAAAGAAAUACGAGAAAAGAACCACAAAAUGGAUCCACUUGAACAGUUGGAAAUUCAGUUGCGAGAACUCCUUCAAGAGAAACUCAAUUCGCCCCGAUUCUCCGUGAAAUGCCUCAACAAACAGUUGGCCGAAAGUGGCGACAUGGUGGUCAAAAUUGCCGAUCCAGCAUGGAUUGGAGAGGAUCAACCGGAAGCCGUUAUCCUAGACGGUGAAGACAGAAGUUGGAGUUUGACCGUUGCUCGAGAAAAGAUUUCCAAUCUUUCGAUAAGCCUGUUCCUGAACCGACCGGAAACGUACCGAACGUUGAUCACACGAUGGAGCGACGGAACGUGGCAAAUUGCGGAGAAUCUUCAGAACAGGAAGAUUCACGUGACCUGUGAUAUCGACGAUGGCAACUGCGAGCAGUUCUCGCUGACCGAUCUGAGGGUCGUUUCGGUUAGAAACGUGGUCAAGAAUCUGUUGAUGCUGCAAGGAUUCCGAGUGCUGCUCGAGAAACCAAUGGAAGAAACCGGUGAAACUCUGCACGUUGGGUUGACGAGGACUGGUUCCGGCGUUAACCUGCUGUGUGGUCCUGUCAUUACAAACGGGGUGACGGCAUGCGAGUACAUACAAAAGCGCGCCAACGACAUGCAGCUGAUCGCCCAGCACAAGUACGGGCUGCGGGUGAAAGAUCAGGCGCGCUUCCAGCAGAUGAUCGCCAGCCUGGGCCGGUCGGCCGCCGUCGUGGACCUGCUCGAGUCGAAGGCGUCCAGUUCGAUCGACUUCAGGCGGGACAAGAAUCAAUCGAGCAAGGGAGCCGCCUUCAUUCUGUACAACUUUGCCCGACUGUCAGUGCUGUUCAGGACGUUCGAGGAAAAGCAACGCACCGGAUACUAUCCGGAACUUGCACCGAUCGAGACGAUCGAUUUUGGCCUGCUAAAGGAAGAGGACGAGUGGCAGCUGUUUUGGGUUUACGUUGCGGGUUUUCCCACGAUGCUGCGACAAGCGCUGGGCGAUGGCCAGCUGGCGCGCGUUGCACCUCACGUUUUGCUCGGGUUUACCUCAGGGCUGGUGAUUUGCCUCAGCAAGUACUACCGACGCGUUCGGAUUUUGACGGAAAAUCGAGACCACAUGCUGCCGACCAUAUUUGCGAGGAUUUACCUGCUAAAGUCGGUAUACCGAGUUUUGUCGACGCUUCUGGAUCUGUUGGAGCUGGAACCGGUUACUCAAAUGUAGUUUAACACCA